GUUGCAGACAAGAAGCUAAAUUUCACACAAUAAAGGGGGAGAAAAUGGGUCCGAAGUGAAAACAAAGGAGAAACAUAAAAAAUAAAAUAAAAACGAUUCAAAUGACUAAAUCGUCGACGGAGAAGAAGAGGAUCCGCCGAGCCCCUCAGAAUAAUGGCGGCAGCAGUAGGGAUCUAUCUGAUUCCAAUUCCUCGUCAAAGAAAUCAGCUGGGCAGAAAGAUGUAUAUCAGGUGUUUGCUGAGAAGGUUCGAGACAAUAAGCAACUGGAAUCUAGAUGGGCCAUUAUGCAAGAAGCAAGGGUUGAAUAUUUUAGAGGGAAGGACGUCACAGUUUUCUUAAGAAAUCAUCCUGAGCUUAAAGAAAUACUAGGAGCAGAUAAAGAUUUGGAUACAGAAGAUAUUGUGAAUACUUUGCUCAGGAAGAAUCUUAUAGUAAGAUGUGACCGUGUGAUGAAAACUGUUAGACCUGGGAAGAAGAAGUUGUCCUCUUGGCCUGCACAUUUGGAGAUAUAUCAUGAGCAAGUUUUCUCUGAAAACGACGCUUUCUUUGCGUGGGCUUUUAUGAAAAGACGUGCAUUAUGGCAAACAAUUCUUUCGUUCCUCUGGCCAGUGGCAGCAUUAGCAGUGUGCUUGUUUCCAGUGUACCCGUACCAGGUCAAGAUUGUUGUUCUCUACUCAUGCGCUGGAGCUCUACUUUUUAUAGCAACACUGCUCUUAAUUAGAGGUGCAAUUUUCGGUGCACUAUGGAUGCUUCUUGGAAAACGUAUUUGGUUCUUCCCCAAUAUCAAUGCUGAAGAAACAACAUUUAGGGAGCUGAUCCGGUUCUGGCCCAAGAAAGACGAAGGUGAACCACCCAAGUGGACAUCAAGGCUCUUUUAUGCCGCUGUUACUUUACUGGUCAUUCUGUUGCUUCGGCACCAUGCCCCUGAUGAGGCUGCUAGGGCAAGGUAUCAAAAGAGAGUUUCAAACAUUAUUGAUGAUGUGCUUGAGUGGUCCCCCACAUUAGCAAUAUCAGGGAUGAUGGACAAAACUAUGGCAGGUAAUGCAACAGAAUCAGGUCAUCCUACAUUUGAAAGCAGCAGGCCUGAAGGUACAACAAAUGAGGCAACAACUCAUCAUGUCGGGGAUGAUGUAGACGAUGUGAAGGUUACCUCUGAAGAAAUUCAGUAUGAAGAAAUUGUUGAUCAUUAGCACACUGAAACUCUUCACACAUAGAAUUGUUCAACAAGCCACCGGAAUUAGAAAAUGGCAUCUGGAAGAAAGAACUGUAUGUCACAGUUUACUUUUAUCGACUGUAGAAUUUUGCUGUAAGUUGUAAUACUGGGCAUGUUUCCCCUUGUUUUCGAUCAUGGUAAAAGCAAGUGAUUAAUUUUAAAUUAUGAGAUUUUAGCCUAUGGUGUUGUCCAUUAGAUUGUAACUGGUUAUGCAAUUUUCUCUCUUGGAACUGGAAUAAAAUGUGCAGGGUUUCCCUUGUCA